AUGGUACAUCCCUCACGCAAGCAGGUGAAGCACGUCUGCAUGCCAGCUGUCAGGUACCAUCACAGCGAGCGGUACGUACCCGAUGACUCAGCAACUCUCAACUCUGCGCGCCAGCUCCAUCUUGAUAUUUUCUCCGCCACCAUGCCUGUCGUCAAGGGUGGCGUGUGGACCAACAUCGAGGAUGAAAUCCUCAAAGCCUCCGUCUCCAAAUAUGGCCUCAACCAAUGGGCGCGCGUGUCUUCGCUGCUCGCGCGCAAGACCCCCAAGCAGUGCAAGGCUCGUUGGAACGAGUGGCUCGACCCUAGCAUCAAGAAGAUUGAAUGGAGCAAGGACGAAGAUGAAAAGCUACUGCAUCUUGCCAAGAUUAUGCCCACACAGUGGCGCACCAUUGCUCCCAUUGUCGGGCGCACUGCCAACCAAUGUCUCGAACGUUACCAAAAGCUGCUGGACGAGGCCGAAGCCCGCGAAUCAUCCAGCCUCGGGCUGAUGGGCCCCGACGGCGGCGAAACCCAGGCACCCAGUGCUGACGAUGUCCGGAGAUUGCGACCUGGCGAGCUGGACCCCGAUCCCGAGUCUAAACCUGCUCGACCCGACACCAUUGAUCUCGACGAGGACGAAAAGGAGAUGUUGAGCGAGGCCAGAGCCCGUCUUGCCAACACCCAAGGUAAAAAGGCCAAGCGAAAGGCCCGAGAGCGCCAACAAGAAGAGUCACGACGCAUGGCAACCCUGCAAAAGAGACGCGAGCUCAAAACGGCCGGUAUCAAUAUCAAGGUUACGACGCGCAAGAAGGGCGAAAUGGAUUACAACGCAGAUAUCCCAUUUGAGAAGAAGGCGGUUCCAGGCUUCUAUGAUACAACCGACGAGAAGACGCUCAACGAGGCACAGCUAAAGGCUUUUGAUCCCCAAAAGCAGCUCGCAGGCAAGCGCAAAGGCGACGACGCUGACGAGGGUGAGAGGAAGAAGCGAAAAGGCGACAAGGAGAGCCAAUCGGAUACACAAAAGGCCGCCAUCAAAGCCGGUCAAAUGCAAAAGAUACGAGAGGCCGAGCAGCUCAGCAAACGACGGGCGCUAAAUCUGCCUGCGCCGCAGGUCAGCGAAGGCGAACUCGAGGAGAUCGUCAAGAUGGGCAAGAUCGGUGAGGCUGCCAACACCAGGGCGAGACAGAGCGAAAAUGACGCCACCCGCGGCUUUGUCAACACAUACUCUACACUCAAUAGUGAAACACCAAUCCGCACACCCAGAGCGCCCGAGCAGGAGGAUCAUAUCGCCAACGAAAUCCGAAAUAUCCGAGCGUUAAACGAGACCAAAUCUGCCCUUCUUGGCGGAGAGAACACUCCCCUGCACGAAGGGGCGAGCUCGACUGGAUUUGACGGUAUUGCUCCCAGAAAACAGACGACAGCGACCCCCAACCCAAUGGCUACCCCUCUUACAGCCAAUGGUGUCGGCGCAACUCCUGGCCGCCCCGGCCAAACACCAAUGAGGACCCCUCGCGAUACAUUUGCGCUGAACCGUGAUGGCGCCAUGUCGGCAGUCUCGGCGACACCACGAGACAUCCGAAACCGAGAGCUAGCCAUCCGCAACGAGCUUCGCUCCGGCCUCGCAGCGCUGCCCAAGCCAAAGGACAUGGAGUUUGAGCUGGAGCUGCCCGAAGAGCAAGCUGAGGCCAUGACCGCUGAAGAAAGACAAGAAGAUGCUGCGGACCGGGACCGUCGGGCACGGGAACGCCAGGCAGCCAUUGACGAGCUAGAGCGACGACGCAGGACGCAAGUCAUGCAACGCGACCUUCCGCGAGCACUGGUAGUUGAUGUCUCGGCUUUGACAAAAUACGCCAGCAGUCUGGAAAGCGAAGCCGAGUCGCUUAUUGCGCAGGAAGCAGCAGCUCUGAUAGCCAAUGACGCUACCCAGUUCCCUCUACCCGGAUCACAGCUCAAGGGAGCGGUCAAGCCACUCGUCUACAUUGACGAUGACGCGCUGGCCGAUGCGCGUCUUCUCAUCAUGUCUGAGACGAAGAAGUUGCCAAGCUUUGAGAGCAUUCAGGCCGCCUUUGCCGGUCGUGCCGCCGAUGACACCCUACUUGGUCUCGGCUGCUACGCAGACGCCGACGAGGACCAGCAACAGAGCGCCAUCAGAGCCUCGUUCCACGUUUGCGAGGACUCCAUCAUGUCGCUGGCCGAACAGGGCGCCAAGCUCGAAAAGAAGCUGAGCCUCCACCUCGGCGGCUACCAGAAGCGCCAAAAGAUGCUCAAGGACAAGACGGGCGACGCGGCCGAGGCGCUGGAAAAGGCGCGCAUCGCGCUCAGCGGCUUCAAGACGCUGGCCAUCUCCGAGGACGUUGCUAUCAACAGACGUCUCGAGUCCCUGCGCGAGGAACUGGCCUUUGUCAGCCGUCGUGAACGUGAGGCGCAGGACAACUAUCGCAGGGCAAAGGACGAGCUGGAUGCAUUAAUAGCUGGGCGGGGUGCGAACGGGAUACCAUGA